AGUGGAAGAAGAAGAAGCGUCGCUGUUCGUUCGACCUUCGUAGCGCUUUAAACAAUCGCACACUUGCCGUUCUAACGUCACGCAUACCGUCAAAUCUAACACCAUGUUCCCGCUAGACUCUAGCUGGAACCUGUCGUUCGCCGGCUGUGGCUUCCUGGGGAUCUACCACAUGGGUGUAGCGAGUUGCCUCACCGAGAACGCGCCGGCCCUCAUCAGCGACGCCACCGCCGUCUACGGCUCCUCUGCUGGGGCGCUCGCCGCCGCCUCCAUCGUGUGCGGUGUCUGCCUGGGCAAGUGCUGCGCCGACUACAUCGAGAUCGCCAAGGAGGCGCGCAAGCAGCGACUGGGCCCGCUGCACCCGUCCUUCAACCUGGUUAAGAGCUUGCGCCAGUCGCUGGUGCGCAACCUCCCGGAGGACGCCCACAUUCGCGCCACGGGGCGACUGUGCGUGUCGCUGACACGCGUCUCCGACGGAGAGAACGUCCUCGUGUCGCAGUUCCACUCCAAGGACGAUGUCAUACAGGCUCUCAUCUGCAGCGCGUUCGUACCUGUCUACUGUGGAUUAAUCCCCCCGACUUUCCAAGGCGUGCGUUACGUGGACGGAGGCAUCUCGGAUAACCUUCCGACUUACGAGCUCAAGAACACCAUCACCGUGUCGCCUUUCUCUGGCGAGAGCGACAUCUGUCCACGCGACCCCUCGUCCAGCUUUCAUGAGCUGCGCGUCACCAACACCAGCAUCCAGUUCAACUUGGGCAACCUGUACCGCCUGUCACGAGCACUCUUCCCACCCGAGCCUAAGAUCCUUAUAGAAAUGUGCAAGGAGGGCUACAGAGAUGCACUAAAGUUCCUGAAAGACAAUCACCUGCUGAUGAAAGCCCCUUAUCCCUCUGCUGGCCUUGGAGAGGGCAGCGAGGUCGACCGUCUUCGGGAAGAAUAUGACGACGAUGACGACGAAGAUGACGAAGAUGACGAAGACGACGAGGACGAUGAGGAGGACGAUGAGGAGGACGUAGAGGUGAAGGUGAACCCAGCGGAGGAGCGGCGCCGUAUGGCAGUGGAGCGCUACGCGCAGUCAUGCCGCGUGCUGGAGGACCGCAUCUGGGAGAGUCUGCCACCCAAGAUCCACAAGGCUCUGCUGGAAGCCUGUGCGGAGAAGGGCGGGCUUCUCGCCUCGCUGUCCAACCUGCUCCCUGUGCGCCUCGCCUCCCUCAUGAUGAUGCCCUACAUCCUGCCGCUCGAGUCCGCCAUCUCUUUCGCUGUCAGGCUGAUGGAGUGGCUUCCGGAUGUGCCCGAGGACUUCCGCUGGAUGCGAGAGCAGACACAACGCUUGGUGCAGUACAUCCUCUCCCGCGCCUCCAACCACUUCAGCAAUCACAUGUCUGCCAGAUUCAGCUGUUACGUGGAGCUGCGCAAAUGCUUCACCCUGCCCGACUCCUUCUACCAUGACAUGCCGCUCUUCGAGUCUGAGAUCUAUCCACCGGAGAUGGCAUCCGGCGGGGAUGGCCUCAGCUUUAACGGCGGCAGCGGCGGUGGCCACCGCAUGUCUCUGCGCCGGCUCUCCACGGAGCCGUCCUUCAAUCACUGGUACGAGGAGAGCGCCAAUUUCGGCUUCAGCAUGAAUAUCCACGCCGGGAUCUUCCGCCAGGAUAGCGCCACCAGCGGUUGCGGGAGCUGCUGCUGUGGCGGCGAAAGUAGGCGCGGCAGCUCGGCCAACCUGGUGGCCGUGACGCGCUCAGCCUCGGCAGCGUCGCUGCUCACCUUGACGACGGCGGCUGAACUACGCUCGGAGCGGGUGGCCGGCAAGCAGCUGGGCCGCUUGGCGGGAGGUCGCCACCGCGAGUGGCUCCGUCGCCACCGGUCCAUGGACGAGUCUGCGAGCGUGGGGGCGCUGGCGUUCCUGACUGAGCAAGAGGAGGACCCCGGAUUGGCCACCGCACGUGGCCAGUUUUACCUGGAAGGGGCGGUGGAGAGUGACAUAGAUGGAUUUUCCGAGGACGAGAUGGACUACGGUGCAAUUAACUUCUAGAAAAUGUCUGGGACCAAGGUGGAGAGGAGUCGUCAAUUAAAGCAAAUUCUCAAAAAUAGGUGUCGGGCUUUAACACGACCGCGUUAGCACGUUAAGUGAUAACGCGUUACUGCAAACUGACGUGAUGAUUAGAAUGUUGGACAAAGUUUUGGGGUGGGGAUUUUUUUAAUGUUUUACGGACGAUGGUUGGCCAGUUUGUGUCUCGUCGGCUGUGCGGAGGAGAAUGUGCGAUGUUGGAUUUUUUUGGGGAAAAAUAAGAUAUGGGGCAGAGCCACGAGUGGAGUAAAUGAGUAUUUCCUCAAAAGCAUAACCUGAUGUGCAUUGACAAAGUACGUGUCUGCAGUUAACACACUUUAUGCUGUGUAAGUGAAGUGUAUUCACAAUUGUUAAAAUUUCAAUGUGGAAAAAAAUAUUUAGUUUUAAGAAAAGGCUACCUAUUAUUAGUUCAUCUUUAUUGGCUGUGAUUUUAUGGUUUGGAAGACACUGACUGGUAGGCAAACAAUUAUACAUCAUACACAGUCCUUUUUAAGUGUACCCUUAAAAGAACAAGGGCUAUAAACUAUAGGCAUGGAGCACUGCCGGGCGAGUGCAGAUUACGAGCCUGAAUCGCCCAUGCAGCCAUGUGCUUGUCCCUCGACCGUGUCGUCGAGAAACAAUAACUUUUUUGUUGAAUUACUUGGUAACUUGUAUCCAACCUGAUGUUUAUACAACCUAGAUAUUUUAAUUUAAAGUAUGAUAUCACUGUUAAUGCGUAUUAAGUGCUGUAGUUGUCGUAGUUUUGCCCUUGCGGAUGGCCUCCAGUGUUUUGUGUUUGUCAUGCCUAACAAUGCAAGUCAAUGGGGAGAACGUUUAUGACAUGUUUAUCAAUGCAAAUAAACACGAUGGCACUCAUGUGCUUUGAGCACAGCUGUGCAGUGCAUACUCGGUUUGUGUAAUAAUUCGACUCAUUACCAUGCUGCUAAUUACGUAUGGAAUUCCCAGACAAGCGUUUACACACAAUGUAUUAUGCCAAAGGGGUGUUUUGCGUGUGUGGCAUGCAAAGGUAUGCACGUGAUAAUCACAUUUGGUGGCUUUUUUCUGCGCACAAUUUAUUACAUUGUAAAACGAGCACCGUCUCGUGUGGCGUUCAGACAUGCUUGGUUAGCAGCCCUUUUCAGAGUAAACAGUCGGCUCUGCUAUGGGAAGGACUCGGGUUAUAGCGCAAGUUAUAAUGGCAACCUUGCAAGGUGUUUUCACUUAAAAGUCAAAGCUUGGUGUUUGGAAGUUGAAUUGAAGGGGGGGGGGUAAAUCACCUGAAGAUGUACACUGCCAAGCAUGCACUCAAGUUGUCAAUUACAAGUGUCAAACAGAUCUUGGCAAGUAAUUUUCACCGGGGAUGCAUUGGUUGAUUUCUAGUGGUCUGUGAGCUGUGGGACAGCAAAGUAGUUCUGUGAGCCAUGUUGGAUAAUCGGUGCUAUUUAGAGGGUGAAUUUUAUUGCCCUGACUUGGGGGCAAUUGUAUUUCUUCCUCUUUAUGGCAUUUACCAGACUUUGAGCAAUGACAGCAUGGUACAUGAAUAUAGCAUAGGUUUGAGGAUCACAUGCGUUGGUGGGGGGGGAGGACCUUUGUGCACACGCUGGUUUAAAUCGCGGCUCAACGGAGCGUGCGAUUGUGGGAUGUUGCGAGCGCAGCGUAAUCUCGUAAUGGUGCAUGAGCGCAUGCAAUGUGGUCAGAUGUAGUUUUCUCAAAUGGAUCAUUGGGACAAAAAAAGAUUGGAAUUGUACCAUAUAGUCGACUUAUAAAUGGAAACACUUUCAAGAUUCUGCUGCUAAACUCUGUAGCCAAAGAAAUGUAAUGUCUGUGCAGUUGUAUGUUUGAUGGGCAUUUCGCUACUACAAGAUGUAUUUGGAUUCGAAGAUCAGGCCACCACUGAUUUGCUACUGUGCCAAUGUACCAACUCAGAAUAAUACACAAUUCAAAAAUAUCUUAAGAGUUUAAGUUGAUCACUACCACAGCUAGCAUGGGGCAAUGGAACAUGUGGGUCAAAUAUAGUGCAGUCCAAAGUUCCGUUUCUCAGUAAUUUAACUAUCUGCAGAAACAUUACACUGGCCUCGGAAACGCAACAAAAAAAAUCCGAAAAAUGUUCAUGUUAUACAUUGAUUUGAAAUGUAGAAAACUUGACCUUAACCGUGUCUCUGUAAUGUUUAACCGUUUAACAUUUCAUUCUCAUUUUAAGAACGUCGCAUUAAUUUGUUCAUGCGUAUGUUUUGGUUGAAUCGUGGCUUAUAAUUUAAGACCAAUCUGCUACAAAUGUUCGAUGGCAUUCAGUUGUUCCACUGUAGGAAAUGUGUUUAUAUAUGAGAUUGUGCCACACUUAUGUACCAUGCAAACUAUUUUAGUGCAUAAAAAGUAAAGUUACGUCUUUUCCCUGCUGGAAAACAGUAUUUGAUCAAGGUUAAAAUAUAAUAUUCUAUGGUUCUUUCGGUAAAGCCACAUAAAAAAAAAAUAUCCCGACCGUUUCGAUCGCAACACCAAAAGACCCAUAGAAUAUGUAUUCCUGCAGUCACGAAAGCUUUAAGUCGAGAUUUUAAAUAUAAUUGUAAUUAAAUUACUAUGACCAUUCUAUUAAAGGAAUACGAUUAUAUGAUAUAUCGGGUAGUAAGGGCAUUGUGUGGAAUGUAAUAAGCUUCCCACGAAGCAAACCAGUUAUGUCACUUUGGAGUUGAAUGUUUAAUUUCUCAUUUGAUUGCUGCCCAACAAUUGCUCAACCUUCAGUUAUUUCCCUGGGAUGGUGGGGUUGAGCUGACUGCACGUGUCACUGUUAUCGUUUGCCAGGCGUAUGCCUCCCGUUUUCAAUUUUGCUCUAUUCACAUACUCGUUUAAAGACGUUCCUGUUAAGUUUAACCUCAUUUUCACGUUCAUUUCAGUAAGUUACCUCCUUGGUUUCGAUUUCACUUUAACGUAUGAACACGUAAAUGCGUGCACUAUAAUAUUAAAUGUCGUUAAUAAAUACGUAUAACACA